CCUUCACUAUCACCUAAUUUCACAACAAAGGAUGGGUCAUGCUAUUACCAAAUUAGCUACUGGAAGAGAAGAGGAAUAUAAGGCACAGGAAAUUGCUCCAAUAAUAGACCAAUUCUAUGACAGCUUGUUUGCAGCAGACACCACCAAUAUUCACAAUUUGGCGGAUUUCUACCAUGCAAUUUGUCAAACCAUCGAAGAAAUCAACACAAAACUUGGUGACACACAAUUUCGCAUACCAAGCACCAAGACACUUCAAAAAGUAUUCAAGGAACAAUUUCAAAGCAAAGACAGCGGGGUCAGGCACUUUUUUUUCUGGCCAAACAAAAUGCAUUUGCGUGAGGAAGAACAUAAAGGCAAAGAAAGCUGUGUGCACUUGACGAAGGAUGAGUUCAUAAAGAUCCUCCUACAUGUGAUUUUUGAAACAGGAAUUACAGGAACAGGAGCAAAGGAAGUGUUGUUACUUUUGUUUGGUUUCCUCAGCAUCUUUCAAGAACAGCAUCAUAGUGAACGCGAUGAAAAACCCUUAACUAAGGAAGGAUUCAGAAAGAUCUCCCAGAGAGGAGCAAUGGAUAUACUUUUCUUCAUUUUUGGUGUUCCAAUAACAACACUAUUUGUCAAGCAACGUUUGAUCCCAACAGCUAUCCCUAAUGAAUUGUUCAUUCCUGGUGUAACUUCUGCCACUGUCUUCUUUCUUGCAAUACUGAAGAAGAUUUAAGGAUUCUCCUCA